UUGCAACACAUGGACACGCCUACUUUUGAAAUUUAAUACUGCUGGAGAUUCAUGUAGAUACGACCCAGAUAUUUCAGUAAUAUCUUGCUGAUUUCCGGUCAACCAAGUCUUAAAUUCCAAACUUUAUGUUGUGUGUUGCGUAGUUAACGUGAAGAAAGUCUGACAAGUUAUCCAGAUUCCUGACCUGAUAUCCAGAUUCAUAGUCAUCUUCAGUAAUCCAAUCAACACAGACAGAUAGUUAUAUCCAAGUCUGUGAUUCAAGAAUCGUUUUGAAUUAAUUGAUGAUGUUUGUAAAAAGAUAUCUUGUCAUAGUGUCAUAAAACAAUUUGAAUAUUAAUUUUUUGAAAUUAAGAACUGAUUCGCUUUAUGUACAAGUAAAUGCGUUUGGCUUUUCAAAUACAAAGUUUCAACCUUUGACCUUCAUCAUGGAUGUAGAAUUAAAAGCAAUGGACUCCGAUAGUCAAUUGUAUGUAGCCCCAGAUGAUGUUACCAUAGAAGAUGAGCUGGAAUAUAGCCGUGCUAUUUACUUGGAGGAGACCAUAGAACAUGAGGAGUACAGUGGGCAUAUAAAUAAUGUUGAAGAAAUUAUACCAUUCGAUUAUGAUACAAUGGGUGUAGUUGAAGAAACAAAGAUUCCUGUUCAUGACUACAGUAAGGCUAUUCGUGAGGAGACCGAUGUGGAACCAGUGCCAUUUACUGGGGCAAUGCAUGAGGUGACUUUUCAUGAUCCAUACCAAUAUGAACGAGCUAUUGAGGAGUAUGAAGAAACUGUCAAUUUUGAGUAUACAAAACCAAUGCAUCAUAAAUCGGAGUCCAAUGUGACUGAACAUUCUCGUGGUAUGGAUCUAGUGACAAAGGUGGAGCCUUUUGAGUACAGCAAUGAACUAUACCAUGAUGCAGAUGUUGAAAAUUUUGAAUACAGUGAAACAAUGUACAAGGAGACAGAUGUCCAAAAAAAGAUGUAUGAAAAUGGAAUGCAUGAAGUGAGUAUGACAGAGACAAGGGAUUACAGUCACAGCAUGGAUGAUCGAGGCUUCAGUGAGACAAGCAGGUACCAAGGAGGAUUUAACAAUAAAAAGCAGACAUCUGUGUUUAAGUACAUGGGUGGUAUGCAUGAAAAGGGGCAAAGUGAUGUACAUGAAUAUACAUCUGGUAUGCGUAACGAGACGGAGGUACAACCUAAGGAAUACAGUAAAUGUAUGGAAGAGGUCACAACCUCAGAAAUCAGGGAUUAUAGCAAGGGAAUAGAUGAAAAAACAGACAUAUCCGUUCAUAAACAUUCAGUAGGGGUCAAAGUUGUGACCUCUGGUCACUCCAUGGUACAUAGUCGUGCUGUUAAUGAGAAAAAUAAAGUUCCCGCCUUUAAACAUAGCUUUGCUUUGUUUGAGAAAUCUAAAGGUGAAAGUAUGAAUCACAGUCUAGGUUUCAAGCUCAAAUCCGAAGAAUCUCCCUUUGAAUACUCACGGGCUGUUUGGGAGCUGCUAGAAGCUGAGCCACUCUCACAUGAGAUUCCGCUCAGUAGCAUGGCUGGAUAUGAAAAAGAAUGAUGAAUGGUUGUUGUUUAUGAUAUAACUUAUGUAAAUGAGGUUUUAUUUGAAUCAUACAAGCAAGUUGCCUAUCUAUAAAUUAGUUUUAAUAAUAAGUAAUUUUUGAAGUUUUUGAUUUACCUCUUAUUCUUUUUGUAAAUUUAUAUUAAUUUGUACCUCAGCUGAGAUAAUCAUGUAAUGUGACAUCAGAGGAAGAAUCAUUUCUUGCAGUUGUAGUUUUAAUGUAUUUUAAAAAGUUUUAUUAAACAUUGUUAUCACUAUAUAAAAGAUACCCAAUAAAACU